UUAUAUGUAGCCUGUAGGGUAAAUCAGGCAGAGAAAUAGUUUUGCCUUGGGUUUCCUUCUUUAUAUGUCUUAAACAAGUUAUGUGAUAAUUUUUGAAUCCACGAAAGGCCUUGGUUUUGCGCGAAAACAACGUGAAACUGCUAUGGCGAUGGCUUACUACAGUACCUUUGCCCUGUUCUGUAAAUGUAAUACAUCUCAACAGAGCUUCUGCAAGUUAUGCCACAUCAAGGGAUGAACACCUUGCAUGUCGGACACCAGCGGCGCCCCAUAUAAUAUGCUUAUUUUUACAUUUGGGGCUUGAAAUAUUUAAUUGUUUACAAAUAUAAACGGUGAAGCUUUUGAACGGGAGACCUUCCUGCCAAAAUUUCUGUUUGCAGCCUGCCAAAAUUUCUGUUUGCAGCCUGCCAAAAUUUCUGGCUCCGGCAGCGAUGUCAACAACGAGUGUGCAACGUGCCUUCUGGCCGCGGUAUCUACGUGCCUCCCGUCCAUCCCGAAGCUUCUGUCCCUCACACGAUAAACCUUGAAGCAUGCUUGCUGCUUGUUCUGCUUUUUGCUCUGAAUCUUCUGCCUCUGUUAUUCUCACCAUCUGUACAAGGAGAAACAUAAGCAAUGACUAUGGAUUUCGUGAACAAGAUCAUGAAUGUGGCCUUCCCUCCUGCAGGCCUUCUCUUCCUCUCGUUCAUUGCUCCUCCUUACUAUUUCUCCAAGUAUAUCUGCUCCGUUUUCCGCCGCUUCACGAGCGAGAACGUUCGUGGCAAGGUCGUUCUCGUCACUGGCGCUUCUUCAGGCAUAGGCGAGCAAAUUUCUUAUCAGUACGCCAAGAUGGGAGCGUCCCUUGCUCUGGUUGCCAGGAGAGAGCAGAGCCUUAAUGAAGUAGCCGACAGGGCUCGCCAGUUGGGUUCACCUGACGUUCUCGCCAUUCCUGCAGACGUUUCUCGAGCAGACGAGUGCAAACGGUUCGUAGAUGAAACCGUCGACCACUUUGGCAGAUUGGAUCAUCUUGUAAACAACGCGGGGAUCUUAUGCAUCAGCAUGUUUGAGGAAGCAACAGAUAUUACCACCCUUUCACCGGUCAUGGAUAUCAACUUUUGGGGGGCAAUAUAUCCCACUUACCAUGCAUUACCUCACCUUAAAAGGAGCCGAGGGAAGAUCGUUGUCACGGCGUCCAGUGGUUCUAUUUUGAACCUUCCCAGAAUGAGCUUGUACAAUGCUAGUAAGGCUGCACUCGUAAGCUUCUAUGAGACUCUGAGAAUAGAAGUUAGUCCUGAGAUAAAGAUAACAAUAGCAACACCCGCCAUGAUUGAGUCAGAGAUUACAAAAGGGAAAUUCCUCGACAGGAGUGGCAAGAUGCGAGUAGAACAAGACGCCAGAGAUGUGGAGGUUGGGCCAGUUCCUGUUGCUUAUGCAGAGGACUGUGCAAAGGCCAUAGUGUGUGGAGCUUGCAGGGGGAAGAGAUGUGUGACAGUGCCAUCGUGGUUCAGGGUUUUCUUCCUUUACAGGCUUCUUCUUCCUGAGUUUGUGGAAUGGUGCUACAGGGUGUUCUAUAUCAAGAGAGCAUCUUCCUCACGGAGCCAUCUCGUCAGUAAGGUCGUCUUGGACACUACAGGAGCCAAGAAGGUCUUGUUCCCCGAGUCCAUCCAGAAGGACGAGGUAAAGACGGAUUGAGAGCGAAAGAAAGCGAGAGGCUUUGUAAAUAGUUGCUUUGAUCAAGUAGUAUGAAUCAAUAAACUGGAUGCCGGGCAUGGGGAAUGAUGCAGUCUAGGUGCCCUUAUGGACGGAACAGGUUUCUGUGUAGUGUUUGCUUUUGACGAAAGAGACGACCGGUUGUACUGAGGAUAAGGACUUGUUUUAGAUCAAUUAAGCGUUUGUGCUUUUCUGUAUAUCUUUGUGUUUUGAGAAAA